AAUCAUUUUAAUCACUCUGUUGUCUCAACUCCACUUUCAAGUUAGAAAUUACAUUGUCUGUAUGUCGUAUUUGAAAGACUGGUGGACUCUCCAUUAACAAAUCAUAAGACAAAUGUUCACUGCUACAUAAGACAAUCUUUAUGAGUCUUAAAACCUUUUUGUUGGAUCGAUUUUUUCCACAUUUUUUUGUUUCCUUUUCUUCCGAACUUCCCUUUCUCCCUCCCUUCAUCCCUUCCCCCUUCCUUAUUUUUUGAGAUAGGUCUCCCCUUGUCGCCCAGGAUGGAGUACAAUGGUGUGAUCAUAGCUCACAGCAGUCUUGCAGCCUCAACCUUCAUGUAAAUUAAGAAUGAUACAGUCCUUGAAUCGCUUGAACCCGGAGGGUGGUGGUUGCAGUGAGGAGAGAUGGCACCAUUGCACUCCAGCCUGGGCAACAAGAGCGAAACUCCAUCUCAAGAAUGAUAUGGUCCUUCUUAAAACGAAAUCUAUAUUUUUUGAAAGUCCAAAAUUGUAUCUUUCCUUUUCAUGUUAUAAAAUGAGAUAAUUGAGAACACAUUUGGUGUUGCGGUCUCUUAAGAUCUUGCCUAACAAAACAGAAGUACAAAAAAAUUGAGUAACUGUAUUUUCCCCUUAUUUGUACUGGUCAACGAAGACCCCAUGUAUGUACUUAUGUUUUUCUUGUUCGUUACUUGAUCCAGUGGUUUGGAAAUUUUGGUUACCCUGAGAAUUCUCUGGGACCUUGUUAAAUUAACGUAGAUUCUUGCUAGGGCAUGCUUGCUCAAGAGAUUCUGGCGUCAGUACCUAAUCCUUAAAUUACUUUGCAAUAAUCCAGUUACUAUGUAGGUUGAGACCCUACAAGAAGCAAUGAUUCAUUCAAUGAGAUGUACAUUCUUGAUCCCAGAAACUUUGGAACUAAGUAUUCAGUUUCUUCAAUAAACAGAGCACAUCUUGUUUCAUAGGUUUUGGGGGUUGGCCUGAACAAAUCAACUAAGUAUGACCUAGUUUCUAUAGCGUUCUGAACAAUUUCGAGUGAAUUCCUGGCUGUUCACAAAUUGGGAAUUGACUGCAUUCUUUGGAAAGCCAGGUGUUUCCACUGGGAAACCACAUGACAGGUGCUCAGCCCAAUUCUGUUUAAUGUUUUAUUAAACAUAGGGGUGGGUUAAACCACUGGGUUUUAAAUGAAAUACUUUGAGCUUUUCAACUUGCCCCAUAGCUUUGUCUCAGAACUGAUCAUUCUAUUAGCAUUAGUUUUGAGAAUGCCGUGUAAAGAGCAAAGUAACCACCGGUGGUUGCACUCCGGAGCGGGUGAGGACGGCUGGUUCCUGCAGUGCCCAGGCCUGCACGGAAGCGCCCUGGUAGAACUCAGCUGAGGAUACACGCUUUUUCCCGCGCAGCCGGAGGGCUGAACAGCAAAGCACUCCCCGGGGGAAUUGUGUGUCAGCGCAGCCUGGAGAUAGCAAGCCCAGGGGGCAGCUCCACCACAGGAGACAGGACACGCCUCAGUCUGGGCAAAUUCCCGGCCUCCUUUGGCUCUAAGCCAACAGCCGCCGCCCGCGACCUCCUCUCCUCCUCCGUGGUCACCCCGGCCGCCCUGCCGGCCCCGAACUUGUCCGCGCCUGGGCGCGCGGCCCCUCAGCCCGCGGGGCUGGCGGCGCGGUUGGGAUGGGGCCGAUGUGGCGCAUGCGUGGUGGCGCCACCAGGCGCGGGAGUUGCUGCGGCGGGGACGGUUCUGCGGACUGCCGAGGGCCAGGCCGCUCGGGCCGGGCUCGUGAUGGGGGCAGCCCCAGUGGCGGCGGCGGCGUGGGCUGGCGAGGCCGCGCGGACGGCGCCCGACAACAGCUGGAGGAGCGGUUUGCCGACCUGGCGGCUAGCCACUUGGAGGCCAUCCGUGCGCGGGACGAGUGGGACCGGCAGAACGCGCGGCUGCGUCAGGAGAACGCCCGGCUGCGGCUCGAGAACCGGCGGCUGAAGCGCGAGAACCGCAGCCUCUUCCGUCAGGCUUUGCGGCUCCCCGGCGAAGGUGGCGACGGGACGCCCGCGGAGGCGCGCCGGGUCCCCGAAGAGGCCAGCACGAACCGGAGGGCUAGAGACAGCGGCCGAGAGGACGAGCCGGGCAGCCCCAGGGCCCUGAGGGCCCGACUUGAGAAGCUGGAGGCCAUGUACCGCCGAGCCCUGCUGCAGCUGCACCUCGAGCAGCGGGGACCACGUCCGAGCGGGGACAAGGAGGAGCAGCCUCUACAGGAACCCGAUUCCGGCCUCCGCUCCUGGGACUCAGAGCCCUCCGGACCCUGGCUGUAGCCGGGGCCGCAGCCAGAGAGAGGCGGGGCCUCGAGCCGGCCCCUCCUCCUCCGUUCCCAGCUACCCCCAAUCUCGCGCAUGCCCUGGCCCGCGGAUACCUUGGACUAUGGUGCCUUCCCGGCCCCGCCAGCGGACACUUCCGGGUGGCGCUUGGCCAUCGGCUUGGCGGAGGUCGAGUGGGUGCAAGGGCCCUCAGGACCUCCCACAUGUACAGUUCCCCUGCCUCUUGCCUUGGCUAGUUUCCCUGGAGAGAGGCCUAGCCAACAACGAAGGGACGGAUUUUAAAAUGGCAAGAGCUGGGUGCCAAGAAACACUUCAUAUUCCCUGAACUUUUCUAGAUGUUGUGCGAACCUGUUGUAUUUUUUAUUUCCUGUAUUUUGGUUCUGAGGGAUGAGUAAUGAGUUUUUUAGUUAGUUGAGUUUAUCCAUUCUUAAAUCCCCUAAAGCAUUCAGCUAUUCUUUCUUAUGUGGCCAACAUUUUAAGUACGGUGUUUGCUUUUAUAAGUCGGUGUUACUUGGAUGUCCUAUAAAAUACCCACUUUUUAUAAAGAUGAUAUUUAUAACUUAGGAACUCAUGCCUGUCUUGGCUGCAGUCCCUGUGCAUCUAAUAUAUAGUGAUUUGUUUGCCCCCAGAGAAUUUUUAAGGUAUCUGCCUAUAUCGUGAUCUUUUGAAAUGGUAAAUAAAUCUAGUGCAUUAAAAAUUAUCUGAAAGGUUCCGGCGAGUAUUAUUUGAAGUGUGUUACAUUUUUAUAUUUUUUAAAAGGUACCUUUAUGAAUAUACUAAUUUAAAUCUGGUUUUAGUUGUCCUUUGUAAACUAUCAUGUUCUUUUAGCUUUAUGUAACAGUGAUCUUUUAAAAUAAUCUAAAGAUUAGUCAAAGUUAUUUUAAUCUUUAAUGUUCAAUUAGCUUAACUGGUACAUAAUUUGCCUUAUUUUGACUAAGGACUUUUAAGAAAUUAUAAAUUACUUGUAUAUCAAAAGCUCCCCUAACAAAGUGAUUUAAGUCUCAGUUGUUAUUUCAAUGGCACAAAAAAGUGACUAGUUUAGCAAUAAAUGUCCUAAAAUUAC